CUGUUAAAGAAUUUUCAAGGUAUUUUUAUUGUGGCUGCUAAAAGAACUGCAUUUGGUUCAUACGGUGGAAGCUUGAAGAAUCAUAGCGCUACAGACUUAGCAGUAAUUGCAUCACAAGCUGCAAUGAAGGCUGGUGGUGUCAAACCAGAGCAAAUUGAACAUGUUAUCGUCGGUAAUGUUAUCCAAUCCUGUAACGACGCAGCAUAUCUGGCUCGUCAUGUUGGUCUUCGGAUUGGAAUUCCCGAGAAUAUUCCAGCGUACAAUUUGAAUCGCUUAUGUGGAUCAGGUUUCCAGGCUAUCGCUAAUGCUGCAUUGGAGAUAAUGGCCAAAGAGGCAUCAGUGAUUCUUUCGGUUGGCACCGAAAAUAUGAGUGAAACUCCACAUGGUGUUCGUAAUAUACGUUUCGGAACGAAGGUUCUUCAAAACUACGAGUACGAAGAUUUUCUCCACCUCGGGUUAACAGAUGCACUGAUCAAAACCCCAAUGGCUAUAACUGCUGAAAAUCUUGCUGCAAAAUUCAAAGUUACUAGAGAGAUGGCAGAUGCUGUUGCUCUUCGUUCUCAAACAUUGUGGAAGAAAGCGCAAGACAACGGUGUCUUCAAGGAAGAAAUGGCCCCAUUGACAGUAAAAAAAAAGCAAAAGGAAGUGGUGUUUGAGGUUGAUGAACAUCCCAGACCAACAACAGCUGAGACCUUAGCUAAACUGUCACCUGUUUUCAAAAAGGAUGGAGUGGUUACCGCUGGAAAUGCAUCGGGAGUUUGCGAUGGUGCUGCAGCUCUCGUGGUGACGAAUGAAGAUGCAAUAAAAAAGCACGGUUUUAAGCCAUUGGCACGCAUUGUAGGAUGGCAUGUAGUUGGAGUAGACCCGUCAAUAAUGGGAAUCGGUCCUGUGCCUGCAAUCAAAGGGUUAUUGCAGAAGACGAAGCUCAAAAUGAACGACAUUGAUUUGUUUGAGGUAAAUGAAGCUUUUGCUGCUCAAUGCGCAACCGUGCAGCGAGAGUUGAAAAUCCCUGAUGAGAAACUGAACCUCAAUGGAGGAGCAAUUGCCAUAGGCCAUCCUCUUGGAGCUUCUGGUGCUAGAAUCUCAGCUCAUUUGGCCCACGAAAUGAGGUAA